CCUGUGGUGGCGCAGACCCAGCGGCCGGAUGGCAUGCUGGACCCAAGCUCAGAUCAGCAUCCGGUCCCAGUAACAGCAUUGCCAAGGGCACAGCUUUCAGUCCUGGACACUCUGAGGCGCGGAGCGUAAUGCCCAUGUUGUUCUACGCUCUGCUCACUGCGUGUCUGAUCGGCGUCCGGGCAGAGCCAUCCCCAGCCAGCAAUGCGCCAGCAGGAGACGCCGUUCCCCGCGCGCACUGGACCAGACUCCAGCACUCCUUGGACACGGCCCUCCGCAGAGCCCACGGCGCCCCGGCCGCCCCGAUAGCUGCCCGGGUGUCAGGGGAGACGCGCAACAUCUCUGUGGACCCCAGGUUGUUUAAGAAAAGGCGACUGAGGUCGCCUCGGGUGCUGUUCAGCACCCAGCCCCCGCCCGUGUCUGGGGACCCCCAGGACCCAGACCUGCCGCUCCCAGAGGGCUCGGCCUUCAACAGGACUCAGAGGAGCAGGCGCUCACCCAGCCACCCCGUCUUCCACAUGGGGGAGUUCUCAGUCUGCGACAGUGUCAGCGUGUGGGUCGGGGACAAGACCACGGCCACAGACAUCAAGGGCAAAGAGGUGGCGGUGCUGAGUGAGGUGAACAUCAACAACAGCGUCUUCAAACAGUACUUUUUUGAGACCAAAUGCCGAGAGCCCAGCCCCGCGGAGGGCGGCUGCCGCGGGAUCGACGCCAAGCACUGGAACUCAUACUGCACCACCACGCACACCUUCGUCAAGGCACUCACCACCGAUGCCAAGCAGGCGGCCUGGCGCUUCAUCCGCAUUGACACGGCCUGCGUGUGCGUCCUCAGCCGCAAGGCCGCCCGCCGGGGCUGAUCGCCCCUACCCCCCACCCCCCGGCCCCUACCUCAGCCUGUAAAUUAUUUUAAAUUAUAAGGACUGCAUGGUAAUUUAUAGUUUAUACAGUUUUAAAAGAAAUCAUUAUUUAUUAAAUUUUGGAAGCAU